UCCGUCUCUGUGAGGGUUUAAUUAGACGGCUCCUCCACCUGCGCUGUUAUGACAGCUGCACACCCAGUUUUUGGGUGUGACAAACAUCUCUCGCACGUUAGGUUUGGUCUUUUCUUUUCAUCCAUGCUGAGUGGAGACGCGGAUGAGUUGACUUUAUUGCACAGCCAGCGCUCCUCCUGCUGAUGUGUUCUGGACAUUUCUCCAGUGAGCUUUGUCUGACCAGGCCAGAUGUUCCAGGGACGCGCACACACACACUCUUAAUGCUGCGUAUGUCCAGUGAUUUCUUGAUGUAGUGCUGAUGAGGAGGGGCUGAAGUUGAAAGUCUCGGUCUCGAAGGCGUGAGCUCCCAAAUGCAUUCGCUCCUGGGCCGGGAGAAGAAAGAAGAAGAAGCCGGGUUUGGCAUCGAUCUGGGUCUGUCUCCGGGCUUUCUGCCCCACGCUGCCACCAUGUUCAGCUGCGUGGGCUGCUUCUGGGUGCUCCUCUCCUCCGCUCUGGUCGCCGUGUGCAGUUUCAGCUUCAUAUCCCCCGCCUGGAUUGUUAAGGACCAGCUGAGGAACAACAACAACAACAACCACCAACCACAACACCAUCACCUCCACCACAACAACAAGGACUCCGUGAGCUUCGGCUUGCUGUGGCACUGCUCGGAGUCUCUGGAUCACAUGUACCGCUGCUACACCUUCGGGGGACUGGGCAAAUUCGCAGAGAUCCCCUCCAGCUCCUGGCAGACCAGCGCGGUGCUCUGCUCAGGAGGCUGCGCCUUGCUGGCCGUCAGCUCCCUUUUGGCCAUCAUCACCAUCUUCCUGCCCAGCGGAGGAUGUGAGAGGAGGAUCUGCACCCUGGCUGGAUACAUGCAGAUGGCUGCAGUGUUCAUCAUGGCUGCUGGACUGCUGGUCUACCCCUUCGGCCUAAACUCCUCACUGGUGCGGUCCUUCUGCGGGGAUUCCGACAUCUACUACGCCGGCGAGUGCCAGAUCGGAUGGGGCUACAUGCUGGCUAUCGUCGGAGUCAUGCUCACCGUCUUCUUGCCCUUUUUUGCCAAAUAUGCACCGAAGGAGCAGCUGUCCCCCACCCCUCUGCCCGCGCUCUUAUAGUGCAUCUAGACCAUGUCUUGUUUUUUGGGCUCGAUGUCAUGGAGAGACACCCGCAUCCCAUUUUUAAAGGUGAUGCUGUUUGGGACUCGGCCGAGGCUGACACUCGACAACAAACACUGUCUUCCUGCAUCUGUUGCGUGGCUAAUUCAGAUUCAGUUCAUUGAGAUGGAAUGUUUUAUGUUACAAUUUUACUCUGUGGUUAUCAUUUUUUAAUCAGGAUUUUUCUGCAGUUUGACUUCAAGUCAGUUCUGGAGAAGAUGCAGUCAGAAGAUGUGAAGAGCUCAUUUUCAAUGAUUUAAGGAAAUGACGACAAAUAUAAUAACAAGUGUUUUUUUCCCUUUCUUUACUUUUGUGGAGUCAAUAUAUGUAACAUUCCAAAACAGACCAUAAAGUUGGCUGCAUAAAGAGACUGGAAGCAUGAGAUUAUGUGGCAGUAUGACUCGUCCAAUCAAAUGUUUCAUAAAGCGGUUUUGAAGAACUCAACAAGAAAGACAUUUUGGACAGUCAGAGACUGAGAAUACGAACAGGUCGGCUCUCAAGGAGAUGCGUCUACUGAUGAUGUACUGUGCUUUGGACUUUACAUAUGGUCUGAAUCUAACAGAGCAAAUGUUUUUAGGUUUUGAAAUGCCAUAUUGAAAAGGGAAAUGUGAUUCUUUGAAAGACUUUGCUCCUCAGACUUUUUCUGCCUUCCAGUCUUGUGACCAGGCAUUAAACCAGUUGGACUCAAGAAGACAUUUUAUCUUUUAAAGACAGUGCAUUUAAUAACUGUCUUAAAGAAGAGGACAAUAGACACAGCAUCAGUUCUGCUGCAUAACAAGGAAGUGAAUCAUACUAAUUAGUGGUGGUGUCAGAGCUGUGUUGUCAAAAAAAGUUAUGUUGGGAUAAUGCAUCCUUUUGUUAACCUUUUUCCCCAGAACUGUUUGUGUAAUGUAACCCGCUUGUUAAUCAUGAAACAAUUGUUUUCUGUCUACAACACACAAUACUAAACACUCUAAUUCAGGAAAAAACUAAUGGUUGCAAAAGGCAGGGAGAUGUAGGAACUUUGUCAAAAAUGCAUGAUGAGAUGGGCUUUGUUAAUGGUAGAACAAUUGAUCUAGAUUUUAAAUGUGAUCUGACCAACUUGUGCCUUUUAACAUAACCAAGACAGGUGUUUAAUACAGUUAUCAGGUUAUCAUCUUUUUCUGCUGAAAAACUGUGGAUCCUGUUGUGUGAUGUGUUCAUUUUAUUAUAUUUUCUCCUCACAGAGUAACGUCCUUCUCCUGUACUUGAUGCAGUAUGAUCUCAUUAACGUGAUAAAAUGUUCUGGGGGAUAAAAAAAUGAUGUCUUUUCUCUAAUCCUUGGAGGGAGCGGCAGAGAGAAAGGAGAAAAAAGCAACUUGUGUUCAGUAUUGCCCUAGACAUUUUUUGCCAAUUAUCUAGAAGAGGUAAAUCACUUGAAUUACUAUAUUAAAAGGUUGUGACAUGCAGCUAACGGAUUAAUUCCUGGCAUCCCUGUCUUACGUGAAUUAAAAUUUGAGUGGUUGAGGAGGGAGCUGUACAAAUUGAACCCCGUCUUUGGUUAUCUGUGCUGAGCUGACACAUCAUUCACAUUAUGUGUAAGACGUGGUUUCAAAUAAUUUGCUCCUCAAGUAAGCUAAUGUGUUGCUGUGUUUGCUUCAAUCCACUUCUCCUUUUAAGCGCUGGCACCGUUCCUGUCAUGUUUCAAGGACAAAAUGUCUACUUCUCCAUUCACUCUCCAUUUACA